ACUUCCUGUAUAUGGCAGAUCUGGAUAACAGCAACGGCGACCUCAGCGCGAUCUCAUGCGCCGUGAAGGCAGCAGCAGCGCGAGCUUCUCCGGGGAAAUUCCGACGGGUUUUGUGAGCGAAUAAUCGCGUUAAAGCUUCGAGAUUCGUCGAGACGUCAGAGUGGCUUCGCAGAGGAAGAAAGUAAUCCCAGUGCUACCCUUCGCCAAUCCGACAAAGUCAAUGCGCUGCAUCGUCCCAGUGCCCGAGCUGCUUUACCGGCACUUUUCAAACGCAACUCAUCACUAACGCACACCGGAUCGGGUCGUGAUCAAGCCCGGGGGUUAUCAAGAAGCGGUUCGGGAAGAGCUUUCCGGUCGAGCUGUCUCACCUGGAGUGCCGGGAAGCCAAAAGAGAAAGGAGGAAGGGGACGAAAGUGUGUCCAUCGACCCCCUUUCCAUCAGUAUGGAUUGGUUAAUGGGGAAGUCUAAGACGAAGCCGAAUGGAAAGAAGCCACCCACAGAGGAGAAGAAGCAGUACCUAGAGCCAGACUACACCAAAGUAAGGGUCGUCGACUUCGACCUCAAGGAGCUUGUGGUGUUGCCACCUGAGAUCGACCUGAACGAAUGGCUCGCCAGUAACACCACAACGUUCUUCAAUCUGAUCAACCUGCAGUACAGCACCGUGUCCGAGUUCUGCACAGGAGACACGUGUCCCGUCAUGUCGGCCUGCAACACGACGUACUACUGGUAUGACGAGAAAGGAAAGAAGACAAAGUGCACAGCGCCGCAGUAUGUAGACUUUGUCAUGAGUUCAGUCCAGAAGCUCGUCACUGAUGAGGACAUCUUUCCCACAAAAUAUGGCAAAGAAUUCCCAAACGCCUUCGAUUCGCUGGUGAAGAAGAUCUGCCGCUACCUGUUCCAUGUGUUGUCGCACAUCUUCUGGGCUCACUACAAGGAGACGGUGGCCAUGGAGCUGCACGGACACUUAAACACGCUCUACACGCACUUCGUCGUCUUUAUACGGGAAUUCAACCUGGUGGACCCCAAGGAGACGUCCAUAAUGGACGAUCUAACCGAGGCCCUGUGCACGCCCCUGCCCCCUCCUCCACAGAACCACGUGACAGAGAGAUGAGGCUCGCAUUUGCGUUCCCUUCAUCCCUUUGCUCAAGGGAGGACAGAAGGACUACCCUUUUGCCUCCCACAAACCUCGCUCUCUUUUUUACAAACCCGGUCAGGAUGGGUCAGCCUGGCCUGCGGGUGGCAGCACUUGUCGAAACAUCCCCCUCCCCUCCCUUUCCAGAGGCUGUACUGUUCUGCGAGCCCUUUAACCAGGAAGCAUUCACACUUUCACCUCUUUUUUUAUUUAUUUAUUUUUUGUUUGGGUUUUUUUUUUUUUUAAGUCGGUUUGGUUUUCUCAUGCCCAUUUACUAAUGAGUUUUGGUUGGGAAUAUGGGACAUUAGACUUGGUAAGUCUCUUCCUCCUAAUAUUAGAACCAUAUGUCCCUCCGUGUUAGAAUGAGAGGAAGUGAGGAAGAUAAUAGAGGCACAGUUUUUCUGUACAGUUUAAGAAGGCUGAACCACAGUUAUGUUGCCUACGGAGUCCCUGUAAACAUAUGUUUGUUUUUUUUGUUGUUGUUUAUUUAGGUUUGUUUUUUGAGGCAUACCGAGUGUGAAAUUUAGAUCUUCAGCACCAGACUGUUUACCUAUAAUCCUAUUAGUCUGACUACUUUCCACCCAUGAUGCUCUUUAACCCAGCAUUUUACACAACAGCUGCACCUUUUCUGUCUCGUCCACCCUUUUUUUUCUUUUUCUCUUCCAAUAUAUACUAGAUAAUCUAGUCAGACCUUAGCGCCUCCACCAGCACCGGCGGCGUACCACAGACGGCCAUAUUGGAUCCAUCUAGAAAGCAGCACCAGUCCGAAGGGAUUACUUAGUGGUGCUUUUUCAUUCCGCAGCACAAUGACAAAGACAUUUUGUCUGCUUUAUUUGAUUGUUCCAUAUCCCAUAUUAAGGUACAUCAGAAUUCCCCUCCAUGAUUUAUUAAAAAUCCUUAUGGGAACAAUUAGAUUGGAAUUGCGUCAGAGAUCGAGGUAUUGCCCAGGCUCGCUUGGCAAGGACACUUUGAAAAUGGAAAAGUGGCAAAAGAAUGUAAAACAAGUCUUUACGUAUUUAACUGUUCGAGAAAAUUAUCCAGAGUGAAUGAGUGUGAGAAAGAGAGAGAACGAAAGGGAAAAAAAUGGUGUAUGUAAGCAUGAAAGAGAAAGAAAGAUAUUUUAAAGUCCUCCCUCAUCACUGUUCAGAGAGUUCUCUUGGGUUAAGGUUCUCUCUUUAGAGGGUUGGAUGUUCAUUUUAAUUUAUUUAUCUUUUGUUUCCCCAUUUGGUUUAGUUUUGGCUUUUUUUUUCAGGACAUAGUUCUGGCUUUCAUUUUUAUGUAUUUUAAUAAUACUUAAGUUAAAAGCGAUUUAAUAUUUUAAGCUCUGCAAAAUAUACCCUAAUAAAAUAUUUAAAAUGUCACUAA